GAAAGCGAGCAGGCAAACAAAGCCCUUUCUUUUCCUUUCACUUUUUAUAUAUACAUUUUUUCCUCCUUUUUCCCUUCUUUCCCGUAGUACAUAAACAUGAUUUUCAGUAGUCGUUCUCAGUCACAAAAGCAGCCAGAAGAAAAUUCUAUAAAACCAAUGAAAAUCUUGACUAAUGCUCUUGUCUCCGUUUCCACCACUCAUCCUAUUACAAGUUCUUUGCCUUUUCCAAUUGACGAAGUACCAGUUCGACGAGUAAAAACAAACGAAAGUAUGUUGGACAUUAACGACCCCAAGACCUUUCGACCAAGACCAAGUGGCAUUCAUGUCAACCUUAUUCUUCAACAUGCAAAUUGUACUGGGUGGCUGACUAAGCAUCGUGCACCCACUUUCUCGUUUAUAAAGACAAUCAAGAAACGUUAUGUUGUACUUGUCGAUCGUUUUCUCUAUUCGUUCAAGACAGAAACACCAGAAACAUACAGGGAGUUCCUUGAGCUGACAAAAAACACGCAUGCGUUUGCAACAGACAAGUUUACAGGUGCAUUGUUUUGUAUCGAAAUCAAAAAGAUGGGUCAUGAGGACUCCUCAAGCUGGUUUCUGCAAGUAGAAGAUGCUGAAUCAAUGAAGAUGUGGCUAGAUAAAAUCAAGCGUACAAUUGCCUUAAUUCGUGCUGAUCACGCCACCACAAUCACAAGCAGAGACCUAUCACACAUCACAACUGAAGAACAAGAAUAUUCACUCAUCGCAGCAAGACCAAGUAUUUCUACAUCCAGUCAGAGCAAUAUAUCACUCGAGCAACCCGAGAAUGAUUCUAUUUGGCUUCAAUCCUCUCAUUCAUCAUCCAUUGGACAAGCAAUAAGUCAACCCUCAUCACCUAUUUUAUCCUCACCCAUUAAUGAGAACGAGUCACUUUAUUCAUACCCCUCAUCUGUUGGCUUUUCCUCAGAAUAUUCCAUAGAGCGACAACAUAGCUAUGAUCCACCACGGAGACAUUCAUCACUAAGAACAAGUAAUCACUCUAACUCCCAUAUUCCAGCCGUGCUACCUCCCCAAUUGCCUCCACCAAAAACUCAACCUCCACCUAUUCCUUCUUAUGCGUAUCUAUAAUAAUAAUAAUAACAUAUGUGUUUUUUUCUUACUUUAUCGUGAGAGUAAACUGUUAUUUUUUCUUUAAAAAAAA